AUGUCGAUGGAAUCACCUACUCGACGCAUGAACCUUCUCUCCAUUGCCGAGAUGCCCUUGUCACAUUUGCACGCUCAGGGCCGGGAACUCGACGUCCAGGUCGGGGCUCUCGACGAUGACGGCAACACAAUCUUGAGCCCGGCCGGGCUCUUGUACUCCAUGAAAAACCUCAGCCGCCAGGAGAAGGACGACUUCAACGAGACAUUCUUCACCGAGGACAUUGAUGCCUUCCAGAUGGUGUUGCACGACUACUCAAUGCUCCAAGACACGGCAAAGUUCGAGGUCCUCGAGCUCACUCGUCACACCAUCUCCAUUCCUGCGUCGCGCGGAGCUGAGCCUCGAAUUUCCUCUUGCAACAAAUGCGGCACCUCGGCGCACAGAUGCCGAGCUGGUUUGUGGCUGUUGGACCAAAUCGCCGGCCAAGUCAUGGGCAACACCGUCGAGCCAUUGGUCAUGUCGGCUAAAGGAUACGCCGAGGAACUCGGUGACAUUUUUGAGGCCAUCACGGACCACGACAUCGAUACGCUUGCCAAUGGCCUGCAAUGCAACGACACAUACAGGUCCUGGGGCCCAGUCCCUCGCCGAGUCCAAGAAAGUCGAGAGAUCCUGGCUUCCCUUCACCAGACGCCCGUCAAGAUGUAUCGCCAAGACCUAUACGGACCGGGGGAUGACGACGACGAUAUUGUGCAGCAAAACGACCUGGAGAAGACCAUCUUUCGAAUGCUUCUCCACAAUGACCAGUUUUUCAAAUACUUCCUCUCCGUCACGAAGCCCGACAGAUGUGUCAAUAACCCCUUUCGGAAACUUCAGCACAAGGCGGAAUGCAUCGUGGCCAAAUAUGUUGCGCGGGCCAGCGACGCGGACACCCAGUCCAUUGGGCCGGAGAAGUCGAGACACGCAAGGUGGUGUGCAAAGAGUCUCAAGGCAGUGGUCAAGAAUAUCCGCGUCAUCCUCACCACGGACUCCGAACCACUUGAAGACUGGCUUCUCGAUAGCGCUGCCGAAGCUCUGAUCCAUAUUUUGGACAAACUGGUGGAAUUAAACGUCGGAAUGAACCCGAAUACGCCUUCUGGACGAGACCUCAACCUCUUCAGCUGGCUGAUGGGGGAGGCAGACUCAGACUUCAUUGUCGACAUCCUCCAUGGCCUUAUCCCCAAAGAGAUACUGGUCCUGCACGAGGAGAAAUUGCUAGACAUCCGGGACAGGCUUCAGGGCGUCCCGCAAUCGUGGUACGACAAGUUUUGCAAGCUCAUCGAUACCGACCGCAGGUCUCGUGCACCGCCCAAGACUCCAGCAAAGCACAAGCGAGGCUCCGACGAUGACGAGCGGUCCGCGAAGCGAGCGAAAUGA